UGUCUUUUUUUUUAAUCUCUUCAAAUAGAAAAAAAUAAAAUCUAUUUCAUGGUCUUUUAAAAACCCUAAUCGUGGAUUCUGAUAAGGUAAUUUCACUGUUUUUGAGCACCGACGCCAUCGGAAACGGUUCAAUUUGAGCUAGAGCUGUGUUCUAGAAGCUUCUCUGAUCCUGGUAUAUUUCUGGAAACUUUUAUUGAUAGUUUAUGUGUUUAUGAACUUGGAUUUUAGUUUGUUAAACUUGAGAUAAACUAUUACGUAUGGAAUCUAAGUUGUUAUGGAUCAGCGAGGUUGUUUAAGUUAUAAUCGAUGCUUGUUGUAGUAUUAUGGUUUGAUGUUUUGUUAUAGAUUGGAAUUUAUUUGAAUAUUAUAAAGGAAUUUAGUGGUGAUUUUGGUGAAGUUUUGGAAAAUGAUGUCUGUGGAGAGAUCAUUUGAAGCAUGGGAAGAGGUGCAAAGACAUGGGCAGGAUUUAGCGGAUAAGCUUGCUCAAGGAGUUACUGGUUUGAUUCAAUCGCAUAUAACUCCUCCGUCGUUUCCAUGGCCAUAUUCUCAAAAUUCCAAGCUUUUUGAUGUAGAGUUGAUGGCUGAAAGUUUUAUUCCGAGAGAUUUUGGGAUAGCUGUGGAUAAAUCUGCUAUUGCAGGGGUUUCAGCAAUUUUUGAUAUGGGGAACAGAAUAGGGCAAGCUUCUAAGCUUUUUGAUGUAGAGUUGCCAAGUCAAAAUUUCAUUCCGAGGGACUUUGGGAUAGCCGUGGAUAGCUCUGCAAUUCCAGUGGUUUCAUCAAUUUUUGAAAUUGGAAACAGGAUAGGGCAGGCUGGAGCAGACUUUGGGGCUUGCUUGAAUGGAAUGGUUCACCAGUUUUUCAGGAAGUUGCCAGUGCCUUUUCGGCAAGAUGAGAGUUUAAGAUUGUCUUUGAUGGCUGGGACAGAGAGCCAAAGAGCUGAUUUGAGUGUUACCCUGCAGGAGGAUUUGGGGUUGUUGGCCGAACGAUUUAGGGGAUAUGGGUAUGCUGAACAUGAUUCAGCUGAAGAUAAACCAAGUGAAGAGGAGUUUCUUGAUGUUAAUUUGAAGGCAUUCAAACACUUCGGCAGAUCACAGGGUACAAUCAACUUUUCGUCAACAUAUGAAAGUAGGACCAGGAAUGUAGAAAGUUCUGUGGCUGCUAGAGGAGAUUUAUGGAGAGUAGAGGCAUCACAGGGCAGUUCCACAUCAGGAAAUGAUAAUUCUUCCCUGUUCCUUGUUCAACUUGGACCAGUACUUUUUGUCCGUGAUUCAACACUACUUCUGCCAGUUCACUUGUCUAAGCAACACCUUCUUUGGUAUGGCUAUGACAGGAAGCGUGGAAUGCAUUCUAUUUGUCCAGCUGUGUGGUCGAAACAUCGAAGGUGGCUUCUUAUGUCAAUGAUCUGUCUGAAUCCUUUGGCCUGUUCGUUUAUGGACUUGCAGUUUCCAAAUGGUCAAAUAACUUACGUAUCUGGAGAGGGCUUGUCCACCAGUGCCUUUUUACCUCUAUGUGGAGGUUUGCUUCAAGCCCAGGGUCAAUACCCGGGAGAUCUCAAGUUCAGUUUCUCUUGCAAGAAUAAAUGGGGAACAUGCAUUACACCGAUGAUGCAUUGGCCCGACAAAUCAUUUAGUUUUGGGGUUACCCAGGCAUUAGCUUGGAAGAGAUCUGGCCUCAUGUAUAGGCCAACCAUUCAAAUAAGCGUAUGCCCGACAUUUGGUGGGAGCAGUCCCAGUUUGCAGGCAGACAUCACACAUUCUCUAAAGGAGGGAUUAAAUAUCAUCUGUGGCUGUGCACUUGCAACACACUCUUCUGCGUUUGCAUCGUUAGCUCUUGGGCGGUCAAAGUGGAAUGGAAACGUUGGAAGCUCAGGGGUUGUUCUUAAGGUGGAAACCCCUCUUGGCAACACUGGCAGGCCUUCCUUCUCCAUUCAGUUGAACAGCGGCAUCGAGUUUUAAUACACUUGAGAAUUUCUCCCUGUCCCAAAAACCACAUAAUACUGCAAUCAUCUGUAAAUAGGCUAUGUAUGACAAAAAAAAAGGACUGUUACAUGUAUAGUUCAUCAACUGAUCUCUUUACUGGGGUUAUUUUGCUUUAAUGGCAGAAAAGGGGGAAAUUAGUAGCUCUUUAAUCACACAAAGAUAAGCGUAUUUUUGGGGCUGAUCUUCUAAUUUUUGUAUCCGAUUUCCUCUCUUAGAAGUCUCGAGCUCGUUAUACCGAUGGUGUGCAGAAGGGAAGCUGUUGUAAAUUA